GUAAGCGUCACAGAGUCGGAGAGAAGAAGAGCAGUGGUGUGGAUCAGUCCAGGAGGAGUCUGCGGAUGAAAGGCCUGGAGCUUCUGUACCAGCCGGAGGUGGUGCGACUCUAUCUGUCUCUCCUCAAACUGAGUCAGAACCACAACACCCUGGAGGCGGCGGCCGGAGCCCUGCAGAACCUGUCAGCCGGACACUGGACCUGGUCCAGUUAUAUCCGAGCGACGGUGCGUAAAGAGAAGGGUCUGCUGGUGCUGGUGGAGCUGCUGCACUCCGACGCUGAUAAAGUGGUGCGAGCCAUCGCCAUCGCGCUCAGAAACCUCGCCAUCGACCACAAGAACAAAGAUCUGAUGGGGAGUUACUCCAUCAGGGAUCUGGUCAGUAAUCUGCCCUGCGGUCAGCAGCGACCCGCCAAGAACCUGGAGGGAGACACGGUGGUGGCCGUCCUGAACACUAUACUAGAGAUCGUCUCGGAGAACCUGGAGAACGCCCGCUUCCUCAUCCAGGGACAGGGAAUCCAGAAACUGGUCUCAAUCAACAGAACCAGCCAAUCGGUGCGCGAGACCAAAGCCGCGUCACACAUCCUGCAGACGGUCUGGGCCUAUAAGGAUCUGCGACACAUGCUGUGUAAGGCCGGCUGGAACAAAACACACUUCAAGCCAGCCGUCUCCAGUCUGCCCAAAAAACAGAGGAACGGGAAGCAAGGGAACGAUGACAUCACACUGCCCUUAGAGGAGAAGAACCAAGAUGGAUGCUGUAGUGUGGAUCAGGUCGAGCGAGCAGCAGAUGUUCAGUGUCACAUGAUUGAACGAGAAACUUUUCAGGGAGUGAAUGAUAAGAGGCUUUUCAUCAGGACCAGCAGACCUGCGGUUGGUUUAGUGGAGCGUACACCACAGCCGCUGGAUUCAUGGGUCUGAUCCGGCUCACGGCUGGAGAUCCACUUUCAGACCUGCAUUAUCAGCCUUCACCACAGAAUCACACGAGAGAAAUACAACACUGUCCACAUCGAUGACCGUCGUGAAGGAGAGCUGGAGGAACCGUGUCCGAUCCGUCUGGAAGUGGAAGUUGACUCUUUGCUGCUUUGGCAAUCUUCACUGUUAAACUCAAGAUUCAUGAUGAUGUGACGAGUCAUUUAUUGAUCGUUUAACAUCUGAUCAUACAUCAUAUUACGAUCUUGUGUUGUUACUAUUGUUUAUUUUUUAUUGAUGAGUCUCUAAAUUGUAUAAUAGUGUUCCAAUCACACAGACAAUUUCAUCUCUUUAUCUAAAGGUUUAUGCAUAAAAAAUAAAAAUAAGAAUAUUAAUAGGUUUUUGGGACUGGAAAAGCUUAAUAUAGCCUAUAUAUCAGAGAUUUUAACUCAUUCCUUUCAUAAAAUCAGAUAUUUAAUUGCUUGGGAAAUAAACAUCUCUUCUUAAUAA